CCAGGCGCUCCAGGACGCCGUGCAGCCGCGUCUAGGCGCGGAGUGAGUGUCGCGGACCCACUGCGCCGCGGACAGCGCCCCGCCUUGGGACCGCCUAGGGACCGGCCCGCGAUGUGCCCGUCAGCCCCGCUGGCGCUGCUGCUGGUGGCGGCCUUGGUGCCGGCCUGGGCCGCGCCGGCGCACCCCGCCGGCCCCAUGGACGUGUGGGUCGUCAGCAUGCCCCCGGAGUCAACGGCAGCCUCCUCAGCGCAGGUGGUGGAUGAGUCGCGGCCGGUCGACUCGGCCGUGCACUCCGUGGUGGAGGGCCUCAAGAGCAUCCUGCGCUCCAACGAGGACAGUCCCCGCGGGCCGCACACUGCGCCGCUGGCCGACCUCGCCGUCGUGCCCCUCGGCUCCGCCCCCGGCUCCGCCCCCGGGUCCGCCCCCGAGGCAGCCCCCGAGGCCAUCCCCGCGUCCGCCCCCGCCGCCGCCACGGCCAACCUGGCUGCCGCCCCCAGCGACAUCAACGAGCUGGCCGUGAGCUCGGCCUGGGAGCAGCACGACGACGACAAGGACAAGGCCGUCCAGGUCCUGGAGGCCAUCCCCAGCCCCGACACCACCACGCUGGUGAGUGCGCAGCAGGACGAGAGUGCCGCCAGCAUGGACAAGACCGUCAACGACGUGGUGCUGGCCGUGCAGCAGGAGCCAGUUCAAGAGCCUCUGCAGGUGCCAGUGCAGGAGUCCGUCCAGGAGCCAGUGCAGGGCACCGUGCAGGAGGAGCCGGCCCUAGUGCCUGUCGCAGAGAAUCAGCUCGAGUCAGAGCAAAGACCGCAGGAGGUCGCUCAGGUGUCCCAGCAGGACGACACACAGGAGCCUCAACAGGAGAAAAUCCACCUGGAGACUGCGCAAAUAUUGGAGUCAGUGCAGCACACUCUUCAGGAACCAGUUGACAAGCCAGUGAACGAAUCCGUGAAGGAGGAACCAUUGCAGGAGCCUGUGCAAGAGCCGGCCAAGGAGCUCAUUCAGGAAUCUCAGGUGGAACAAGCACAGUCCGAACAGGUCGAGCCGGACGCACCUACGCUGCCAAACGCGUCGCAGGAUCUCGCAGGACCGCAGCCCGUCCAGGACGCCGUUCCGAGUGACCAGUCGGCUGACAGUCCGGCCCUCCCCACACCGCCACCGGAGCUUCCAGCAGCGCUCGAGGGGAUUCCCCCCGCGGACUCCCUGGUGUCGCUCCCCGACGCCAGCAACGCCAUCUCCCUGGACGAGGCGGCGCCGCGGCCGCAGGCUUGGCCGCAGCAGCAGCAGUUGCACACGCAGGCCGCCCAGAUCAACCUGGACCUGUCCCCCGUGGUGGAGGAGCAGGCCGUCGUUUCGGACGCCGUUCUGGCCGGCGCGGUCGGCCCCGCCAACACAGUCGAGGUGCACGAGGUGGACACGGCGGCACCCCCAGCCAGCGGGGCACUCCUGCAAGACCCCCUGGAUGACGUUCCCGCCCUGCCGCCAUCCGAGAUAGAAAGCACCGGGGCUCCGGUUGCGCUGGAGCAGCAGACCACCAUCGCCCCGCCCCAGGACGACGAAACGCCCACGGAGGCCAGCCUCGACGCGCUGAACAAGAUCCCCGCCGUUGACGCCAUUGUGAGCCAAGAUGUCCAGCAGGAGGCUGUUCAGAAUGUCCAUCCGGAAGCUAUCCAGGAUAGCCCGCAGGAAGUUGUUCAGGCCGAUGCUCAGCAAGAGACUGUUCAUGACGUGACGACUGAGGCCGCUCAGCAAGAGCUCGUUCAAGAGGUUGCACAGGACGAAGCCGUUCUUGGUUCUCUUCCAGAAAUUCCCAAUGUGGAACAACCGCAAACUCAGGACGUCCAGGAAGAGGUAACUCAGCAGGCAAUUGAAGACAUUCAGCAGGCAAUGCAACAGACGGUCGUUCAGGACCUCCAGCAAGACACAAUACUUGACGUGCAGACCACCGAGCCUUCCGGCGCCACCCAGGACGUGGCCGCCGACGUGCAGAGUGAAGUGGCCACCGACGUGCCCCGAGAUAGCGCCGCGACCACGGACGUUCCCUUCGACGCGCUCGCAGACGGCCAAAGCGCGAGCCACGACGUGACCAGCGACACCCAACUUGACGUGCCCACCGAGGCCCCCUCCGUGCCCCAGGACGCCCCUCAGGACGUGCCCCAAGACGUGCCCCAAGACGUGCCCAAGGACAUCACCCAGGAAGUACCCCAGAACACACCGCAGGACGUGCCCCAGGAAGUACCCCAGGACGUAGCCCAGGACACACCCCAGGACGUGCCCCAGGACGUGCCAGAGGCGCCAGUUCAAGCAACUCCCACCGACGCACCCCAGACAGUAGACAACGACGUUCCCGCGACCCCUAUUGAUGUGCCUGAGAUUAUUGUCGAGCAACCCACGCAGAGCGUCCUCGCUGACGUACUUGACGCCAUCGCGCCGGAAGUCCAGGACACCACCCAGGACGCCGUUACUGACGUGCCCCAGAUCGCGACUGAAACGCCAAACACUGGUACUGACGCGCCCCAGAUCGCGACUGAAACGCCAAACUCUGGCACUGACGCGCCUGAAAACGACGCGCAGGCUCCUGUACAGGGUGACAAUUUUUCCAAUGACGUGCCCCAAGAGGCCCUCGUUGACGUGCCCGAAAUCAUCGUCCAACAGUCACCGACCCAGGACGCUAUUGAACAGAGCACAUCCCAGACGAUUGAGGACAACGUCGAUGACGUGCCCCAGAACGUGCCUCAGGACGUGCCACAAGACGUACAAGAACAACCGCAGGACGUGCCUCAGAGUGUCCCACAAAGCACCCUGCCAGAGGCGCCACAGAUCUUGUCCCAGGACGCGACUCAGGACAUCCAGCAGACUCUCCAAGAAGUGCCCCAGGACGCGACGCAAGACGAGGUGAAGGACUCGACCGAGACAUUGGCAACCGAAAUGGACGCUGGAGGCGGCCCGCCGACCACCCUCUCGCCCUCGCUGGACUCUGCGGCCACUUCGGCGCAAGUGCCAGAGUCCUUGGCAUCGCUCGAGUUGGCGGCCGGCCAGGCCGACGACGGCCAGGACGAUCAGGACAGCACGACCGCGGCGAUUGUAGAAAGUGCUGAGGGUCUGGCCCAGCAACAGCAGGCCGCGCAGGCCGCGCCCACAACGGACUACGCGCCCCCGCCAACCUCGGCGCCGCCUCAGGCACUGCAGGACUCUGACGCGGACGCCCUGGAGAGCUUCAACUCGGCGCUGUCGCCCAGCGCCACGCUGCCGCCCCCCGAGGCCAGCCUCAUCGCCGCCAUCAACAACGAGCUGCCCGCGGCCACGCCGACGCCCGCGCCAGAGCUGGCCGACGCGACGGAGGCCCUCACCGAGGCCGUCACCGUGGCGCAGCAGAGCGCUGACGACACCAAGAGCCCCGGAGAGCCCUUCCUCGUGCCCGAGGACCCGGACCACCCGCAGAGCAGGCCGGAGACGGAGGAGGAGGUGAACGCCAUCCUGGAGGAGGUGGACAACAGCCUCGAGGACGACGACAAGAGCGAGCAGCAGCCCGAAGUUGCGCCGGAAACGACCACCAGCGAAGCCCUGAAGGAAGCCACCACGGUCCAACCUGCUUCCGCGCCCACUGAGCAGCAAACUGAACAGCCCCCGAGCGCCAUCGCCACCAAUGAGGCCAGCGCCAGCUCGGAGGAGGCCAACGAGAGCGUCGAGCAGCAGAGCAGCGGCCAGGACCAGGCCAGCCACAGCGGCAGCGAGGAGCAGCAGAACAACAGUUCGGAGGAGACGAGCGCGGAGCAGGUGAAGCCAGUGGAGGCGAGCCCCACCACCUUGCCCGUGGAGGCCGAGAAGACCACGACCCUGCCCACCACUGUCAACGAAAUCGGAGAGGAAACCACUACAGGCGCCUCCGUCGCUGAGCCAGACAACAAACCAGACGACGAACAGGCCAACAAACCAGAGGAAGAACAGACCAGCAAACCAGAGGACGAGCAGGCCAGCAAACCAGAGGACGAACAGGCCAACAAACCAGAGGACGAACAGGCCAACAAACCAGAGGACGAACAGGCCAACAAACCAGACGACGAACAGGCCAACAAACCAGAGGAGGCAACCACAGCUGCUCCCGCAGUCGCAGCUCCUGAGGACUCCGAAGCCGAGGUGCAGCCCGUGGCCAUCAAGUGGCUGCGCGUGCGGUCCGAGGUGCAGCUCCGCUUCGCGCACACGUCGGUGCGUGCCGCCCUGGACAACCCCGCCGGCCGCGCCCAAGAAGUACAGCUGCAGCUCACCCUGCCCGACACCGCCUACGUCACCGGCCUGUCUCUCGAGAGCGGCGGCAACGUGUACAAAGCGUACGUCCGAGAGCGCACGAAGGCGGACGGCGAGUACCAGCAGGCGGCCCUCAACGGCCAGACCGCGGCGCAGGUCCGCCAGACCAGCGCGCGCGACAGCUCCAUCAUGUCCCUGCUCGUGACGGUGGCGGCGCGCUCCUCCCUGACCGUCAACUUGACGUACGAGGAGCUGCUGGGGCGGCGCCGCGGCCGCUACCACCACACCGUCGGCAUUGACCCAGGCCAGGAGGUGGACGAGGUGCGCGUCGACGUGUUCGUCCUGGAGUCCCGCAACCUCAGCAGCCUGGCGGUCUGCACCGGCGGCCGGGAGCUCUACUCGGUGGACUCGAGGGACAUGGCGCAGCAAGGUCUGCAGAACUACUCGUCCGGCGCUCUGGCGGUGCGCCGCGACAAGGGCAACCAGGUCCACGUGCAGGUGGUGGCGGCCCGCGAGCAGCAGUUGUCGCUGUGGCAGGCGGCGCCGCAGCACCGCGCCAGGGCCCCCAUCCCCGUCGCCGCCAUGCAGGCCGUGCAGGCCGUGCAAGCCCGCAGCGGACACGCCCUGCCCGCCCUCACCGUCACCUACGACGUGGACCGUAGCGCCUCUGCCUCCGGGGACCUCCUGCUGAUGGACGGCUACUUCGUGCACUUCUUCGCGCCGCCCGAGGUGCCGCCGCUGCGCAAGCACGCCAUCUUCGUCCUGGACACGUCCGGCUCCAUGUGGGGCCACAAGCUGCGCCAGCUGCAGACGGCCAUGGCGCGCAUCCUGGACUCGCUGCAUCCCGACGACUUCUUCAGCAUCGUGCAGUUCUCCAGCCACGUCACGGAGUGGUCCCCGCACACGCUCGAGGUGGUCGGGCUGCGCGACAAGGAGGCCACGCUGCCCGCCAACAAGGACCACAUCAACAAGGCCAAGAAGUUCAUCAACAGCAUGGAAGCGUCUGGCGGCACCAACAUCGGAGGCGCGCUGCGGUCCGCGGUGCGUCUGGCGGGCAAGCGCGACUACGACAGGUGGCCGACGUACCGGGCGGGCUCGGCGGACCGGCCGCAGCCCCUCAUCGUCUUCCUCACGGACGGGCUGCCCACCGUGGGCACGCUGUCGCUUGGCAGGGUCCUGGCGCAGACCCGCGCCCAGAACGCCGAGAUCAAGGCCGCCAUCUUCAGCUUGUCCUUCGGCUCGAGGAGCAACUGGCGCUUCCUGCAGCGGCUGUCGCUGCAGAACGACGGCUUCGCGCGGCGCAUCUACGAGGCGGGCGACGCGGCGCAGCAGCUGCAGGACUUCUACCAAGAGAUCUCCAGCCCGCUGCUGGCCAACGUCACCUUCAACUACGUCACGGCCAAGGUCGACGGCGUGGCCGUGACGCGCCGCAGCUUCCCCAUCCUGUACGGCGGCAGCGAGCUGGUGGUGGCCGGCAGGGUCGCGGACGGCGUCAAGGGCCUCGACGCGGAGGUCGAGGUGAGGCUGCUCCGCGCCAAGGCGCAGACCGUGGAGCUGACGCCGCCGCCGCUGCCCGGCAAGAAGAAGGGCGAGGCCAAGCCCCCCGUCGGCAUCCUGGAGCGCCUGUGGGCCUACCUCAGCGUCAAGCAGCUGCUCGAGGUGGACCUGAUGAAGCACGAGGAGGACAUCUUCGACGAGGUGCCCAAGAUGGAACCGGGCCUGGACCAGCCCCGCCGCCGCGCCCUGUACCUCGCCCUCAAGUACGGCUUCGUGACGAGGGUCACGUCCCUGGUGGUGGUCAAGCCCUCCGCGGGCGACGCCUCGCGCACCCAGGAGACGCCGCUGCGGCCCGUGCCCGCCGACGGCGCGGAGCGGGACGCGGAGAACCUCGCCGGCAACAACAAGUACAGCGAGAUCCCGCUCACGCGGCCUGGUCCCGGACACGUGCCCAUCAGCUUCAAGCCGCUCUUGCUAUCGCAACAGUCAGACAACGCGACGCAGACGCAGAGCCUGCCGCUGACGGCCAUCUCGUGGCUGUCGCAGCACACGGACUCGUCGGGGCGCCUCAGGCUGGGGCCGUCGUCCUUCAGCCUGGAGCUGCCGCCGCCGCAGGACCUGCAGCGCCUCAUGGCGGCCGCCAGCAACCAGUGCCCCGGCAGGUCGUGCAGGCCGCUGGCCAGCUGCGUGCAGCACGCCGUGGCGUCCAGCUUCAUGGUCUUCAGGGACUACUUCUGCCCGCUGGGAGCGUACGCGGGCGUGUGCUGCUCGCUGUGACACCGGCACGCCAGGCGAGGCCGAGAAGGCCCCCCAGGACUUGUCCGCCUCCCGCCGCGACGGCCGAGGGGCGGAUGACCCUCCGUUUUGCCCACCGCAGCGCGACGCGGCGCGUGGUGCGUUCGCUUCGAGUCGCAGGCCUCGUCGCAGACGCACGCUCCCAGCCAAUCCGAGUGCCAUCUGUCCGUCCAGUCUUCCCCGUUUCACUGGGUGUGCAAAACAAACUAAACCAAUUCCUAUUUAUACAUAUUUAUAUUUAAAUUUUGUAGAAAUACAUGUAAAAUAAAAAUCUAUAAAUAAUGAA